UCUAGAGGUUUUUUCUUGGAAACCAACAUGGUGGUUUACUGUAUGAAAUGUGAUGUUAUUUCGCAUAUACAUAUGGAUGUUGAUCGAGUUCCGUAAGGCUACGUACAUCUCGAAUACUUUAUUUACUCUAUGUCAAAUACUAUUAUAUUGUAAGAAUGGUUGGUUGUAUUUGGUUAAAUGACACUCUAAAUACAAAAAGGUGGAAGAGCACGAGGCCGGGCAGUGUGGCGACUGGGCUGGGCUACAUGCUCAUGCGCCACAUCAGCGAUGUUGUGCUGCCACGGCAGGCUCAGGUGGUGAUCUGUGGGGGUGGCAUGCUCGCCACCUCAGUGGCCUACCACCUGGCGAAGAGCGGCUGGACAGAUGUGCUGGUGCUCGAGAAGGACAGGAUCGGCAGUGGCACAUCACUCUUUGGCUCCGGCACGCUGGGACUGUUCAAGCCCAUCCAGGACCGACAGCUCAUAACCUACAGCAUCAAGCUGUACCGCAAGCUGCAGCAGCUGGGAUAUGACAUAGGCUUCCAGCAGUGUGGCAGUGUGAGCCUGGCACAGACGAAGGACCGCAUGAUCGAGCUGAAGAGACGUGUGGCGUACCACCAGGCCACAGGACUGCACUGUCAGGUGGUGAGCCCAGCUGAGCUGCAGCAGUUGCACCCGCUGCUGAUGACGGAGGACCUGGAGGGUGCGGUGUGGUUGCCCGAGGAUGCCGUCGCCACUCCGGUGGCCAUCUGCCACGCGCUUGCCUCACUCGCUCGACAGGAGGGAGCGUGCUUCAUCGAGCAGUGCGAGGUGCAGAAGGUGUUGACGGAGAACGCUCGUGUCAAGGCCGUAUCCACCAGUCUUGGCACUGUGCUAUGCGAGUACUUCGUCAACUGUGCUGGCAUGUGGGCUCGGCAGCUUGGCUUGCAGUGCUCGCCCUCAGUGCGCAUCCCGGCAGUCCCAGCGCAGCACUUCUACGUCACCACACCGCCGCUACCUGGCCUGCAGAUAGGCCUGCCCUCCGUGCGGGAUUACGACUCGCACACGUACACGCGACAGUGGGAAGGAGGCUUUAUGGCCGGAGGCUUUGAGGUGGAGGCCAAGCCAGCUUUCACUGGAGGCCAGGUACCUAGUGACUGGGUGCAUCAACUACCUCAGACCUGGAAACAGUUUAUGCCACUUUGGGAGAAAGUACUUCACCGGCUUCCUCUCCUCAGGGAUGUAGGAAGUCCUGUGCUGAGGAACCACCCUGACAACUUUACCCCCGACGGCCGCUGGAUCCUGGGGGAGACGCCUGAGGUUAGCAACUACUUCGUGGCGGUUGGGAUGAACGGCAACUCGCUGCAGGGAGCGGGGGGUAUCGGGCGAGCAGUUGCAGAGUGGAUCAUAGAGGGAGAACCAACCACGGAGCUGCUGCCAUUCAGCGUGCAGCGCUUCCUGGACCUGCACAACAACCGGCGGUACUUGCUCCAGCGAGUGCGUGAGGUGGUUGGGAGGCAUUAUUCCAUACUGUAUCCCCUACAGAGUGAGUACAAAUAUGGCAGAAGGGUGCGCUGCUCUCCACUCUACAGUAUGCUGGAGGAGAAAGGUGCUGUGUUUGGAACACGCAUGGGAUACGAGCGCCCUCUCUACUUCGACUCCACUUACAAACCUGGUCACCCAUUGCCUCAGAUGCCAAGCGGCAGCUUCUACAAGCCCAAGUUCUUCGACUUCAUGCUGGAGGAGUACCUGGCCUGUCGCGAGGGCGUGGGUAUCAUCGACAUGUCCUCCUUCUCCAAGAUGGAGCUCAAGUCGAGUGGCACCGAGGUGGUGGACUACCUGCAGCAGCUGUGCUCCAACGAUGUAAACAUUGCUGUGGGCGGCAUCGUUCACACGGGAAUGCAAAACGAGCGUGGAGGCUAUGAGAACGAUUGCAUGUUGGUGCGUCAGAGCGACAACAGCUUCUUCAUGGUGUCGCCCACGAGCCAGCAGACUCGCAUCUGGCAGUGGCUGCGGCAGCACCUGCGCGGCCGGGAGGUGGAUAUCACCGACGUCACCUCCAUGUACACGCUGGUGAACGUGGUGGGCCCCAAGUCGCACAGCCUCAUGGCGGAGCUCUCCAACUCGGACGUCCGCCUGCUGCCUUUCACGUACCGCAAGAUCAACGUGGGCUAUGCCUCCGACGUCAUGGUCAUGUCCUUCACCCACACUGGCGAGCCGGGCUACUGUCUGUACGUCCCGUCCGAGUACGCCCUGCACGCCUACGACCGCCUCAUUUCCGUGGGCCGGGAUUACGGAGCAAGGGACGUAGGCUACCUCACGCAACGCUUCAUGCGCAUAGAGAGGUUCAUUCCCUUCUGGGCGGAGGAGUUGACGAGCCUAACCACGCCCCAAGAAGCAGGCCACGCUCACCGCGUCAAACUGGACAAAGAGUACUUCGUGGGAAAGUUCUCACUGCAGCGGCAAAAGGAGCGCGGCGUAGCCAAGAGGCUUGUGUUCUUCCUGCUGGAGAACGUGGACCCUGAUCAGCACCUUUGGCCCUGGGGUGGUGAGCCCAUCUACCGCGACGACGAGUGUGUGGGCAUCGUGACCUCGGCCGGGUAUGGCUUCACGCUGGGCAAGCUGGUGUGCAUGGGCUUCGUGCAGCGUCCCCGGGCAACGCACACACCAGUCACCGAGGAGUACAUCCUGCAGCGCGGGGCUCGCUACGAGGUGGACAUAGCGGGCAGCAGAGUGACCGCGACCCCUCACUUGCACGCGCCGCACCUCGCCACUCUCGCCACAGAGCACAAAUACAGGCCUUCGCUGUGGCACGCGCACGCCGCGCGCCCCUAGACAACUGCAGCAUACCACUUAUCAUUAAAGUGACUUUUAUUCAA